CGCGCGCUUUACGGCCCCGCCACCUCCUCCCCCGCGCGCUUUACGGCAGGCUCCCUUUCUCCGCUCGCGAAGAUGGCGGUGGCCGGGACUCUGUACACCUAUCCCGAGAACUGGCGGGCCUUCAAGGCGCUCAUCGCCGCCCAGUUCAGCGGCGCCAAGGUCAAGGUCCUCUCCGCGCCCCCCCAGUUCCACUUCGGGCAGACCAACAAGACCCCCGAGUUCCUGAAGAAGUUCCCCGUCGGGAAGGUCCCGGCUUUCGAAGGCGACGAUGGGUUCUGCGUGUUUGAGAGCAAUGCCAUCGCGUACUACGUCAGUAACGAGGAGCUGCGGGGUGCUAGCGCCGAGGCCGCCGCCCAGGUCAUCCAGUGGGUGAGCUUCGCAGACAGCGACGUCGUCCCCCCUGCCAGCACCUGGGUCUUCCCCACACUGGGCAUCAUGCACUACAACAAACAGGCAACAGAACUCGCCAAGGAGGAGGUGAAGCGGGUACUGGGGAUCCUGGAUGCACACCUAAGGACUCGGACCUUCCUGGUGGGCGAGCGCAUCACGCUGGCUGACAUCACCGUCGUCUGUACCCUCCUCUGGCUCUACAAGCAGGUUCUGGAGCCAUCCUUCCGCCAGCCCUACGUGAACACCAACCGCUGGUUCGUCACCUGCAUCAACCAGCCGCAGUUCAAGGCCGUGCUGGGGGAGGUGAAGCUCUGCGAGAAAAUGGCCCAGUUUGAUGCCAAGAAGUUUGCUGAGAAUCAGCCCAAGAAAGACACCCCCAAGAAGGAGAAACCAGCAAAGGAGGACAAAAAGCAGCAGGCGCCACAGCAGCAGGAGAAGAAGGAGGACAAGAAGCCGGCCCCCGAGGACGAGCUGGAUGAGUGCGAGCAGGCCCUUGCGGCUGAGCCCAAGACCAAGGACCCCUUCGCACACCUGCCUAAGAGCCCGUUCAUCAUGGACGAGUUCAAGCGGAAGUAUUCCAACGAGGACACGUUAACGGUGGCGCUACCCCACUUCUGGGAGCACUUCGACAAGGAGGGCUGGUCCGUCUGGUUCGCCGAGUACCGCUUCCCCAGCGAGCUCUCCCAGACCUUCAUGAGCUGCAACCUCAUCACAGGCAUGUUCCAGCGCCUGGACAAGUUGCGUAAGAACGCCUUCGCCAGCGUCAUCCUUUUCGGCACUAACAACGACAGCAGCAUCUCCGGCGUCUGGGUUUUCCGUGGCCAGGAACUUGCCUUCCCGCUGAGCCCCGACUGGCAGGUGGAUUACGAGUCCUACACCUGGCGGAAGCUGGACCCAGACAGCGAGGAGUGCAAGACGCUGGUCAAGGAGUACUUCCUGUGGGAGGGUGACUUCAAGCACGUGGGGAAAGCCUUCAACCAGGGCAAGAUCUUCAAGUGAGCUGCUGCCUUCCUGCCUGGCAGCACUGCACGGACUGACCAGCCAGCUGGGGACUGCGGGGUGCCGGGGCCUGUGAUCGCAACCGAGUGACGUGACGAAUAAAACCCCAAUGCGCUAGCA